CGGUCCCUCGCUAGGACUUCCUCCCUUCUUCUCCUCUCUUUCAUUCUCUGAAACACCAAACCUCCAUUUUAAAGGUUUGACGUUUUUUCGGUAAGUGGUGGAAACGCUCUUGGGGCCUGCGCUGGCGUGAAACCUCAACACGGGAGACUUCCUCUUGGGUGUGAUACCUUCACUGGAGGACACCCCAGCAAACGGAGCAGCGGGUCGAACACUGAAGGUCUCCGGAGUGGGAGUGGCGAGAAGAUGGAGCUGGCCCUGGGAGUGUGUUUUGAGGAGAACAGAGAGCCUGAGGAUCUGGAAAUCUUACAGGGUGAAACGAGGACAAUCAUUCAGCCGGCAUCGCUGAAGGACCCCAAGCUCGAGAAGCUGAAAGAGGUCCUUGUUGGCUGGAUCAACACCUCUCUGAAGCGGGAGCACAUCGUGGUGCAGAGCCUGGAGGAGGAUGUCUACGAUGGCCUGGUGCUCCACCACCUCCUGGGCCAGCUGUCCGGCGUCCACCUGCCCGUGGAGGAGAUCGCUGUCACAGGCGCCGCUCAGAUCCGCAAGCUGGAGGUCAUCCUGGAGGCCCUGGACCAGAGCCUGGGCCUGCCGGAGACGGCCGCCCGCAAGUGGAGCGUCAAACUCAUCCACACCAGGGACCUGCUGGCUACUCUCCAUCUCCUGGUUGCCAUGGUGAGGCGGUUCCAGCCCGACCUGGCCCUGAUGCCUGACGUCAGUGUGGAGGUGGUCCUGGUGGAGGUCAACAAAAGCGGGAUCAGGUCCGUCAAACAGGUGGAGCACAUUACUGAAUCAAGAGAUUUGGCCGACAAUUCAUCAGGCGUUCCAAAAAAGGAAGAUCCCAUUGACGAACUCAUGAAGUUGGACUCGCACAAAAUAAAUACAGUCAUACAGGCCAUCCUGCAUUUUGUCAACACGCAGGUGUCUCCCUUGGGCCUGCACGUGACAGACGUGGAGAAACAGUUUGCGGACGGAGUGAUUUUGCUCCUGUUGCUCGGACAACUGGAGGGAUACUUCGUUCCGUUGUGUGAAUACCACCUGAGUCCGACCACCAAGUCUGAAAUGCUCCAUAAUGUGAUUCUGGCUCUGGACCUCCUCAAUGACCGGGAACUGCAGGUCUCCAACGUCGACCCUCAAGAUAUUGUCUCCCAGGAUCUUCAGGCCACGCUGAAGGUCCUGUACGUCCUGUUUAAGAAGCACAAGAACAGGUGAAGGCGAAAACGGAGAAGAAGGAAAUUUGGGAAUGGAAUUGGGUGUCACAGCCUGCCGCCAUUUUGUCUCUGCUCCCUCCCUCCCAACCUCCGGCGCCCGGCCGCACUACAAACACAGUGUCACACUGGAAGAUCGCCAAUGCAAAUUACUCUCCUGCUCUUCAACAACACCAGCCCUCUCCGGACACUUUUAAAGCAUCGCUGAUGAUGCUUUGCUUUUUAAACCCGAAUAAAGUAUCGAAGAAGUA